AUGUUUUAGACUAAGAAACUGAUCUUAAUUAAAACAUGUGGUUCAGAGACGACACGUGGCGAUGGACGAUUGGUGGAAGAAGGAAAAAAAAAACACAACUCUCUCUCUCUCUCUUACGCGUUUCUUCGUCUCAUGCGAUUGAAAAGGUGAUCAAUCCUAUUCUCCGAUCCGCCGGCUUCUCUGACCUACGGCCAAUCUUCCGGAGUAGUCUCACCAUCCAGCGACGGGUGGUAUCCACGGCGAGGAGGAUGAGCUCAAAUCGUAUCCACAGCGAAGAGGAGGAGCUUAGAGUCGUGUUUCUGACUGUGGCUCCGCCAAACGCGGCGGCGAUGUCGGUUCAAAUGGGAACACAUUUGAUCAUGUAUAUGGAAGUAGUAAUGGUUCUCCAUCUUCCUUUGAUGUUUGACGAAUGUGUUGCUCCUCUUGUUGAUGUUUGACAAAGCGUUGGACUCUGCAUCACUAAUGAAGCUAAGGAAAUACAUAUUUCGAGUAGUCACAUUUGUAGAUUUUAAAGAUUAGAAGCUUAGUAUAUAAUCAUUAUCUAAUCUUCUCCAAGAACGUCAAAAAAAUAGGGUGGGGUUUGGCUCUGCAAUUUGCAAAGUUAUUGGUGUAAUUUUAUUCGCGUAAUAUGACAAGCUACUAUGAUUACACUGCUAAAUCAAACUUAAUUAGUAUAUUUUGACAUAUGUA